AUGUUUCGACAAAGAACAAGCUCUCAGAAGCCGGGGGAUGAGCUGCUUGCCAACUUCCGACAGCAGUUCCCCGAGGUCGCGGCAGUCAGCACCUCGGCCGCCGCGCCAGUUAUAUCGCAGACCGCUGGCGCCGAUAAUACUACUCUUGCUCCCACGGUGCCUCUGCCUGAAAGAACCCAGGGUAUUGGUCAAGAUGCAUUUCGCGACCAAGACCCUACUCCUCGGGCGACGAAUGACCCGUGGAGAUUCACUCCCUCACUUCUAGAUCCCAAUUCCAUGUCUUUCGCCAACUUCGCCAAUGCGCCACCUGGCUAUUACACACCCACACCUGGAGGCACAAACACCCUAUUCCACCCUCAAGCUGGCGAUUUGCAUACUCCGACACUGGGACUCGGUAUGGGCCUCAACACGCCGCUGUCCAUGCCAACAUCUGGGGAUGGGAUGCAACCUGGCCCAAGCCAAGCAGUUAUGGACAUGACAGGUUUCCAGGCUUUGCAACCGCAUCAGUUUCACCACUUCAACCCGUUUAUUCAGGCGCCCCCGCCGCAGCCUGCCUUUGCGCCGUCCACUUUCGUCCACCAGGACACUGGAUAUGAGACGAUGGAUCAGGAUGGGUCGCCUAUGGACUCGGACCCUUCCGAAGAACGCAUGUCAUCUAUCGGGGCCACCCUUCAGAAGACAACCCCAUUAGUUGGCCUACAGUCGCGCCAGUUCUCCAGUCCCAUGACCCAUCCGCUACCUCCCUCGGCCGAGAAGUUUCGAUUUCACUCAACACUUAACGCCCCCACGGCCAUGAUCAAGCAUUCAGACGAAAUUCCUGUCACUUAUCUCAACAAGGGACAGGCAUACUCCUUGUCCGUCGCCGACACUAAUGCCACCAUGCCCGUGGCACCUGGAACCAAAUACCGCACAUUUGUCCGUGUUUCGUUCGAAGACGACCAGCAGCGACAGCGUCCAGGUGUGUGCUGGGGUCUUUGGAAGGAGGGCAGAGGUACCAACGAGGCGCACCAAAGAGGAGGAAAACUCCAGGCAGUUGAGUACGUUGAGGCAGGGCAGCCUGCUGAAGGUGACGACAAGAGGACUCGAGUGGAACUAGAGUCGUCUUCCUUCGACGGAUUUUGCGUUACUUGGACCCCUGGAAUCAACGGGCCCCCCGAAGUCAACAUUGCGGUCCGUUUCAACUUUCUUUCUACCGACUUCAGCCACUCGAAGGGUGUCAAGGGUAUUCCUGUGAGGCUCUGCGCCAAAACCCACCCCGUUCCCUGCGACCCCUCGCAGCCAGCCGCUGACGCGAAUCCCGAUAUCUGCUACUGCAAGGUCAAGCUCUUCCGCGAUCAUGGAGCAGAAAGAAAGCUAUCCAACGACGUUGCGCAUGUCAAGAAGUCUAUCGACAAGCUUAAGCAGCAAAUUGCGCAGGCCGAGAGCGGAUUGAAGGACUUUGGGAAGCGGAAGCGCUCAAGCGGUGCUGCAAAGAUGGGAGAUCAGCGCCCAGGAAAGGUGCAGAAACACAAGCGAACGUGGUCGAUGUCCUCGGCCAGCUCCGCUGGGGGUGGCAACGGUGGAAGAAUGUCCAUGGAAGAGGAUCUUCACUUCAAACUACAGACUCUACAGGACAUGUUUACCAGCACACGGCCUGUCAGUGUCCUGUUCCUUCGAGGCGAGGAACUUGACGAUCCCGAUUUGCACCCGGUAUCGCUACCAGGAGACGUCUCGCCCCUGACUAGACCUGAAGGCCGCGACGGUCCCAACUGGCAGGCUCGGAGCGGGCGAAGCUCUCUCGCUGGUUCCAUGAUCUCCCCCUCGCCUAGCUCACUUUCUCUAGCGUCGCAGGCUUCUGGCAUCGGCCCAGGCGGCCCAUGGCAGGGUUUUGACUCGGUCGCGGGAGGUGACAUGUCACGCAAGGGCUCGGAACAACCCACCAGGAUCAACAAGGGCGAUGAUGACGGUAGCCUGAGCGGCUGGAUCGAGGCAUUGGGUGUCGACGCAUCCUAUCGGCCCCCUCAAGAACGAAGCCCAAAGCCCAUUGCGUGUUUCUAUAUCCUUCGACGGACCCAGGACGAAUCCGGAAAGCCGGAUUAUCAUCGAGCUAUCUACCUGAUGCAGCGCACGCUCCAGGAGUUGAACAACAGAAUUGCAGCCAAGUGGGGCUUCGACUCGUCGCAAAUUCUCCGUACGAUCCGAACGAUUCAGAACGGUCUAGAAGUCGAGAUGGACGACGAUGUGGUUCAAGAGCUCAAGGAGGGUCAGGACAUGACUCUCGAAAUCGAAGAGGUUAUCGGACAGCCUGACGCAGUAAAGAGGGAGUGGGAAAUGGCAGUUGACUCUGCCGACGACAGUCCCGAGACUUCCAACGACAAGGCAACAAGCGGUUACAUUCUCCGCCUCAGCUUUUAA